AUGACUGAUCGUCGCUUUGAUCCGUCCGUGCUGGCCACGCCUACCCCCCCUGGCGACGAUCUAGACAUGGAAUUAUCCGAGAAACAUGUUGAGCCUCAAGACAUCGAAUCAAAUUUCAUCAAAGCUAUCGGGCUUUCUUCUUUGAUUCAUCCUACGCAUGACCGGCGCCAAUCGGACUUUCUGUUAAUUGACAAAGAUUUCUCCUCAACAUCACUACUUAAUCUAGCCUCAGCACAGAAUCUCAUGGCGGACGCUUGCGAUGUCUUCGGCCUAUCACUGCCAGAAUUCGAAUACAUGACGGAGUUGUACUUCGACACAAUGAAUCAGUUCUCUCUAUUUCAUCGACCCUCUUUUGCGAAAAAAGUCCAGGCUAUCAAGAUAUCUAGCCAUCGACAAGCACUCUUUGCAGCCAUGUUCUCACAUUCAGCCAGAUUCCAGUCUGAAGACUCUCUCUCUCACCACGAGUCAGAUUCCAUGAGAUUUCAUAACCAAGCGUUGGAUUUGAUAUAUGAAUCGCUCGAUGAAGCUUCCGACGAGCAGCCAAGUCUAUGCCUUCUACAAGCGAUGGUCUUGGUGACUUUCUAUGAGCUCACCAAGGGAGUCAAGGGACGUGCAUGGAGGCUCUUGGGAUCCUGCGUGCGGGUCGCGUAUGAGCUCCAUCUACAUCUCAUUGAUUAUGAGGCUCUCGAGGAGAAUUACAAAGUUGGCCGUGACUUAUCGCGUUGGAUUGAAGAAGAAGAGGGACGGCGGUGCUGGUGGGCGAUUUGGAAAAUGGAUGUAUUUGCAAGUGUUAUCCGAAGACUGCCAACAGCAAUCGACUGGAAUAUGAUUGAUACCUACCUUCCUGCUUCGGAUGAGCAUUGGUUUUCCAACCAAUACUGCCGAAGCUGCUUCCUGGAGCGAGAUCCAGUUGCUCGACCAAAGGCGUUGAAAGACUGUGGAAAUGAAAACCCUGAGGCGUGGGUUAUCAUCAUCACUUCGAUUGGGAUUUUGAUGGAUAUGAAUGCUGAGAGAUGUUCCGAUCAAAUUCUGCACUAUUUCCGCAAUUCAUUCAGCAAGAGGAAGAGGCAGGAAGACUCGUCGCGACUACAAUCACUGGUCCACGCUUUAGAAUGCACCACUGCCGCUAUGCCUCAGUCUCUUCACCAUGAUAAUAGCCCGCUGGACUUUGAGGCUCAUUGUUCUCCCGGUGUCUACGACGCUGGGGUUAAGCAACUUCAAAGCACAAAGUACAACAUAUACCUCAGUCUAAAGCACGCUCAAUUCAUGAUAUAUCAUCAUCACGCCUUCGAUGAAAUUGUUGUGGGUACAAUAUUCUGCCCUGGAGAAAUUCCGCCUCGCAGAAAUGCCGGACGCCCAGACGCACGUCAGGAUCCGCAAGAGUGGCAUGUGAAACAUGUGAGCCCAUUCCUUGCAAGUACUGUCUGGUUGGCAGCCUCACUUCAGGUUCUGAGAGGUUUAUUUGGCAGAAGGGAACAAUCGCAAGAUUCGCUGCGCAAGUAUAGGAUUUUACGUACCACGUGCGAGAAAUUCACCGCAUUUUGGAAUACACCUCAAGCGUUGCUAGACAACCUGGAUACUUUGGAGGAACGACUCAAUCAAUAUAGCCCAGCAUCAUCUCCCUCGACAACUGCUAAGCCAGUGCGCAGCUAUGCAGCCAGCCCUGCUACACUCGAUCCAAUUUAUUGCAGAUAUUCAAAUCCCGGAAGAAAUUAUCUGGAUCCUCAUUCCAGAACUCCUUUACAUUUUGCGACCGUUGACGAUCGGGAAACCCACAACGGUGCUGCGGAUGCAGAGGCUGAUUAUGCCAUGCGUACAAAUUGCGUUGCACCGGGGCAGAAUGAAAAUCUGGAAGUUUGGGAAACUGAAGAUUGGCAAGUUAAUAAUCCGGAGUUGGGAAGCUGGUUUUCUCAAUAUCUUUCAAGUCUUUUGAGAGAAACAUAUGUGAAUGGAGAUAUAGGUGGCCCUCCCUCAGAUCAAUAA